GAAGUAGCGCUCGGCGCUCAUCCGAUCCGCGCGGCCGCGCCGGCUGUGUCAAGUUACAGAGGCGCCGGAAUCGGCCCCAGCGCGGCUCACUGCGGCCUCGACCCACCUUUGCCCAUGGGGCCCUGCAUGCGCGCCCCUUCGCCCGGGGACUGACAGCCGCUCUCACUGGGAGACGCAAAAAACCCAGAAGGACCCCGAGCGUCGCACCAACCCGAGGACUCUGAAGAGGGAGCGGGCCAGAUCCCCAACUUGGAACAUUCUUCGAAAUAACUUUUUUUCCUACUUUGGCGUACCCCGUUCGCGCCUGCUGGUGGCUCUUGGCUGUCCCUGACUCCGACUGCUCAUUUUCUGUCCUCUUUGGAGAGCAAAGGAAAGGGACGUUCUCCAGCCACGCUGGUCUCCUUUCCCCCUGUCUAGCAGCUUGGACCACGCCUCUUGGAUCUCGUUUUUAUUUAUUCUAUUUAUUUAUUUAUUGGCUCUCAAGACGCGAGGGGAUGGUGGCGGAGCGCGCCCGUAAAGCGGCAGCCUCCGGUACCCGCGGCCCUGGGGAGCUGGGCGCGCCCGGGCCGGAGACUGUUGCGCUGGCGGAGCAGUGCGCGAGGCUGCCGAGCCCCGGGUGCUGCGGACUGCUGGCGUUGGCGCUGUGCUCGCUGGCUCUCAGCCUGCUUGCCCACUUUCGGACCGCCGAGUUGCAGGCCCGGGUGCUGCGCCUGGAAGCGGAGCGCGGGGAGCAGCAGAUGGAGAAAGCUAUUUUGGGAAGAGUCAACCAACUGCUGGACGAGAGAUGGAAGUUCUACUCACGCAGGCGCCGGGAGGCCCCGAAGAUGUCUCCAGGAUGCAACUGCCCACCAGAUGAGAAGCAGGACAAUAUAGGCUCCAGCUGGCAAGGAAACAGCUCCUUCAGGCAUGUCGUCGUGCUGGAGCUGGGUGGGGCUGGCGCCCAGAGUGCUGCUGUGGGACCCAUCCCUUCUGCCUCGGACUGGGAGGCUGGGACAUCCAACAUUAGUCUGGAGAGUUUGGGCAGCUGCAGUGGGAAUGCAGGGAGAUGUAGUCCAUCCACCGGCAUGUCAGUCCCACUGCAGGCACAUGGCUGGAAGAUGGAUGGAAGGGGAGAGGAGAAGUUUGGCCAAGCCAGUGGAUGUGGUUCAGACACUCUGUGA